AUGAACGUGCUCUAUAUGGCACACCCUAAUUACCUACCCCCAAAAGAAACGUUGAAAAUUCAAUGUUCAGAAAAUGGAGCAAUUAAAUGUAUAAAAAAUUUUCCGACAAAAAAGGGACAAAAUUUUCAAAAGAAAAAAACAAAUUCAAAUUUGAAUAGUUUGGGUUUUAUGGAAAGGAAUAAAUAUGAUAUAAAAGACAAUGACAAGGAACAAACAUAUGACUACAAAGAAUCUGGAUAUACUGAAAAUAAAUUGAACAAAUGUGUUGAUAGCAAUAAUAUUGAGACUAAUGAAAAUCAAAAAGAUAUUCUAUGCUAUGAUAUUUUAUUUCAAUCAUGUACAAAUUCCAUUAAUGAGAAAAAAAUCGAUUAUUCAAAAAAAAAAAGAAAUGAGCACAUUAAUAUUACUAUCAACAUGUGUAAGAAAAAACAAAAGGUUGAAAACUGUGAUAAUAAAAAUUUUGUAAAAAGUCAAUAUGAAAAUGUGAAUCAAAAUUGUAAAGAAAAAAAUAAUCCACAGAAUUAUAAAACAAAUAUAAAAAAAAAUGAAAUGUUACAACACACCAAUGGAUUAUAUAGUUGGAAUGAAAUUAAAAAAAAUGAAAAUUUGUCUUUAGUCAAUAAAUUUGAUAAUUUCAAAUCGGUUUUAGCUUAUAAUAAUAAAAUAAAUGAUGAAACAAUUUUGAAUAAUAUAAAUAAAAUUGAUGAAAAAAUAUUCCUCAAGAUCAAUCAAAAUUAUAAUGAUUUGGGUUAUAAUAGUAUAAACAAUAGUAAUAAUUUGAAUACUGUGAAAUAUUUUCCAGAAGACACAACAUUGAGGGAACAAAUAAACAUAUACAAUAAAAAUGAAAAAAUAUUUUUAGAUAUAAAAAAUGUAACAUAUAAGGAUUAUUUAGAGGAAAGUACAAGUAGAUCCACAAGUAGAAGUAAUCGAAGUAGUAAAACUGAUGGAGAAAAUAUAAACAUUUGUUGGAGCAACUAUUAUUUUAAAGACUUAUCAUGUGAAAGCAGUUACAAAGAUGAAGAUAUAAUAAGCAGAGUAAAUUUAGAUAUACCAGAUAUUAUAGAUGAUGAUAAAAUAACGAAAGUGCAUAAUGACAAAAAAAAAGUUGAAAAACGAAAAAAAGAGGAUCAUAGUGAAAUUAGAAAUGAUAUGAUUAAAGAAAAUAAAUUGAAAGAAAAAAAAAUUAACAUAAAAAAAAUUAUCGACAGGAAUGUAUUAACUAACUUUAUUGAAUGUGUCAACAAGCAAACAAAUUCUACUGAGUUUAUUCCAUUUAGAAAAGUUUCAAAAGAGAAUCAAAAUAAUAAACAAAUUAAAAAAAAUGAAAAUUCCAAAAAUUCCAAAAAUUCCACAGAUACAUUAUAUAAAAAGGUUUCUCAAACUAAUAAACUGAAAGGAAAUGAAAAUACUAUAAAUAACCAUGUUGAAAAAAGGGGUACACAAAAUAAAUUUAUGAUAAAUAAGGAUAUAUCAUUUAUUAACAAAUAUAAAAAAGUUUUAUUACCAAUAAACAAAAAUGAGCAUAUAGUUCAUAUGUCUUUGCCUUCUCAAAAUCGGUGCAAAAGUGAGAUUCUACAAUCAUGCCAAAAUAAAUUUAUAGCUACUAAUAGAAAUGUUGUCCCAAAAAUAGAAAAAAAACAGCUAGACAAAAAAGUUAAUUGUAAUGAUGGUGAUUUUCCAAAAAUCAAAUUAGAAAGCAUCUUAUCAUCACAAAAUAAUUAUCAAAGGUGUGAUAACAAAGUUGAAGAGAAAUAUAAUCAAAAAGUAAUUAUAAAUAAAUCGAAAAAUGAAGAAAAUAUAAGUGCCUUAGAAAAGCCAUACACAAAUUGUGUAUCAUCACUGCUUUGUGCAAAUAAAAAUAAUCAAAAUGAAUUGAUCCACCAAAAUGAAUGUGCAAAAACAGGGAUAAAUUUAUUACGAACAAAUAUCUCAAAUAAAAAAUAUGCACCUCAUAAUAAGGAAAUGCCUCACCAUGAAAAAUUAAAAAUGCAAAAUAAUAAAAUAAAAUUGAUAAAUAUUACUAGCCCAAAAAAUGGAGCCAUAAAUAGAAAUUAUAAAAAUUUACCAAACUCUAACACAAGUCAAAAUUAUGAUAUCCCCAAAGUUGAUAAUAAUAUGCCCACAAUAAGUGACGAUAAUAUUUCAAAUCAUUUUAAAGAGAACUAUGAAUAUUUAAAAAAUUAUUUUUACAAAUUAAAUAAAACAAAUACAAGUAUAAAUGAUUAUUUUCUUAAUCUUUUCUGCUACACAUUUAUGAAAAAAAAAAAUCAAAUGAUGAAUUCUAAAUCGAGCAAUGAAAAUUGGGCUAAUAAUAUGCAACUACACAAUUUUAACAGUAAAGAAAAUAUUACUACCAUUUUUAAACAAAGUGAUAUAUCUUAUUCAAACAGGUACACAAAAAAAGAACAAGAUAAAUCAAAAAUUGAUAAGCAUGAUAAUAAUAUUAUUUGCAUGGAUAGACCGAUGAAAGGCACACACAAUUUACUAAAAAAUGAAAACUUAUACAAACAGAAUAAUCCAAUUGAUAAUAAACAGACAAAUUCAGAAAGUAAUCAUAACGUUAUGAAGACAUAUCAAAACAGUUUACCUUAUUGUAGAGACACUAAAAGCAACGAUGCAAUUAAUAGCACCGUUUGCAAAAACCCAAAUAAAAAUAAUAGCAUAAGGGAAAACUAUAAUAAUGUUUCUAAUAUAGAAAAUAGUGAGAUAAAAAAUAUUUUAUACAGCUUUUACAAUUAUUUGAAACUAAAGGAUUAUAUUAUUCCUCAUAAUAUUUAUAAUAAUUCUGAUAAAAGGGAUAUGAAUGAAAAUAAUCGAAACAAUAAUAAAACUGAUAAUUACAAAAAAGGUUAUAAUGUUAAAGAAAAUCACGAUUUUAUAAACAUUUCUUACAAUUUUAUAGAUGAGCACAAAAACUUAAAUAAUAACAUAAGAUAUGACAACUUUUGCAGCUAUCACAAAAGAGAGUUGAAUAGUUAUGAUAAUAAAAAUAAGCAUGUUCCCAAAGAACCGAAUAAUUGUGACUCAGCAAGAAAUGGUAUAGAUAUAUCCAAACCUACAAACGAAGAUAUACACAAAAAUGAUUAUCCUCAUUAUUCUAACCAUUUAAAUCAAUGUUUUAGUAAAGGGGUAAAUGCCAACUGUUUUUAUGGAUGUCCUCAUAGUUUCUAUAAAAAAAAUGUGGACAAAAAAUAUAAUCGUAUUUUCAAAGACAAUAAAGUAAACUUUAGCAACGGAGCAUAUUUUUACUUAUUAAAAAAUAUAAUAGAAAAUUUAGACAGAGAAGAAUUACAGAAAUUAAUGAUUUGCCAAACUUGUUACAUAUUAAAAAAAAUAAAAAAUAAGAUAACCCCUAUUGAUGUUAUUUUAGAUACACAAAUUUUAUUUUAUGACUGCAAUAGCUAUUUCAAAAAAAAAGGGUGGAUAGAUGAUACUACUAAAGAAAAUAAAAUUGAAACCGGUGAAAAAAUCAACAAAAAUAAUAUCACAAAUUAUAAUGAAAAAUAUAAAAAUAAUGAAAAUUUAUACUAUUCUAAUUAUCAGCUGAAUGAUUUUCAUAAACGAAAAAAUAAUGUAUCUUCUGUUAACCCUAAUAAUGAUACUGUUGGUCAUUUAAAUAUGUCCAACAGUGUACAAAUGAUUUAUAAACACCAUCGUGACAACAGCGAUAAUGUCCAAAGCGAUGCAAUUUCUCUAGAAAACGAUGGCGAUGCUACAGCUGCUACUACUACAUAUAUUACUCCUACUAAAAAGAAUGUACAAUUCUAUAAUAUUGGAAACCGUGAAAUUUCGAGGACGUCUACUACAACUUCUAUUAGUCAUAAAAUGAAUGCCAAUCAUUUAAAACGUGACGAAAUAAAUGCAAAAGAUAAUACAAAUAUGGAUGAUAAUAAAUAUAUAAAUUCCGAAACAAAUCAAAAUUUCAUUUAA